AUGGCUACCUUUAAAGCCCACCAUACCUCCUCAGAAGCCAGCCUCAUCAUGAAUUUUGUCUGCCAGAAGAAGCCAGUUGGCACUUUCAUCAUUCUGCCUGGAGACUUCAUUAGCCAGGUUCACAAUGUAGUUACUAGAAUGUCUUCUGUUUUCACAGCGCCUGCAGGACAAGCUUCAUCAACUGCUCUUCCAGUACAGAACAGCACUCAAGUGCCCUUUUCUCCAGCCCACAACAAGGUCUUCCUUCUUGCCCUUCAAGCCCUCAUCAACAGUCUCCUGGAGGCCCUUCCAGAUUCUGCUAACAAUUUUUGUGAGGGCCUUCACUUUGUCAAAGCCAGUGACACAUGGUUUAAGUUAAGCUCCAUCUUUAUUCCCUUACUCAGGAACUGGAUACGGGCUGCCCAAGGAAGUUUUGAAAUGGCUUCAGUGACCCUAAUCGCCUUCGCCCUCUACCAGAAUUCUGCCUUUCAUGAUGGCUCAGAUGCCAAGUCUUCCGUGAAGUGUUCCUUCUUUCCUUCUGCGCUCCUACAGCUCUCCAACCACAUCGUCAUUACCAACCACAUUAUUUACUCCCCCGGAUUUCCCCGUAAGAAUCCAGUGGUGUUUCUCUAUUUCCACCCUCCACGCAAAGAGCGUGAACGGGGCACAGCGGAAACCCCUUCCCGGGUCGUAGUGGAGAGCCGGCGGACACCGAGGGCGCAGCAGCCCCCACGCAGGCGGAGGAGCCAGGGGGCAGGCGGACUGCUGGCGGCGCUGCUGGCUGUCCUGGCGCUCCGGGCAGGGGACCCCGCGGGAGCCGCGGCGCGGGGGGACACGUUCUCGGCGCUGACCAGCGUUGCGCGCGCCCUGGCGCCCGAGCGCCAGCUGCUGGUACUGCUGCGGGGCUACCUGCGCGGGGAGCGGGCGCGGCUGCGGGACCUGACCAGAUUCUAUGACAAGGUGCUUUCCUUGCAUGAGGAUUCGGCAACCCCUGUGUCUAACCCUCUGCUUGCAUUUACUCUCAUCAAGCGCCUACAGUCUGACUGGAAGAAUGUGGUACAUAGUCUGGAAGCCAGUGAGAACAUCCGAGCUCUGAAAGAUGGUUAUGAGAAGGUGGAGCAGGACCUGCCAGCUUUUGAGGACCUUGAGGGAGCAGCGAGGGCUCUGAUGCGGCUACAGGAUGUGUACAUGCUCAACGUGAAGGGCCUUGCCCGGGGUGUCUUUCAGAGAGUCACUGGCUCCGCCGUCACUGACCUGUACAGUCCCACACGGCUCUUCUCCCUCACAGCAGAUGACUGCUUCCAAGUUGGCAAGGUGGCCUACGACAUGGGGGAUUACUACCAUGCCAUUCCAUGGCUGGAGGAGGCCGUCAGUCUCUUCCGAGGAUCUUAUGGAGAAUGGAAGACAGAGGAUGAGGCAAGUUUAGAGGAUGCCUUGGAUCACUUGGCCUUUGCUUAUUUUCAGGCCGGCAAUGUUUCCUGCGCCCUCAGCCUCUCCCGAGAGUUUCUUCUCUACAGCCCAGAUAAUAAGAGGAUGGCCAGGAAUGUGUUGAAAUAUGAAAAGCUCUUGGCAGAGAGCCCCAACCAGGUGGUAGCUGAGGCUGUCAUCCAGAGGCCCAAUGUACCCCACCUGCAGACCAGAGACACCUACGAAGGGUUAUGUCAGACACUGGGGUCCCAGCCUACUCACUACCAAAUCCCUAGCCUCUACUGCUCCUAUGAGACAAAUUCCAGCCCCUACCUGCUGCUCCAGCCCAUCCGGAAGGAGGUCAUCCACCUGGAGCCCUACGUUGUUCUGUACCAUGACUUUGUCAGUGACUUGGAGGCUCAGAAGAUUAGAGGACUUGCAGAACCGUGGCUACAGAGAUCCGUGGUGGCAUCAGGUGAGAAGCAGUUGCCGGUGGAGUACCGCAUCAGCAAAAGUGCCUGGCUGAAGGACACCGUUGACCCACUGCUGGUAACCCUUGAUCAUCGCAUUGGUGCCCUCACAGGCCUUGAUGUCCAGCCUCCCUAUGCAGAGUAUCUCCAGGUGGUGAAUUAUGGAAUUGGUGGUCACUAUGAGCCUCACUUUGACCAUGCUACGUCACCAACCAGCCCACUGUACAGAAUGAAGUCUGGGAACCGAGUUGCAACAUUUAUGAUCUAUCUGAGCUCGGUGGAAGCUGGAGGAGCCACCGCCUUCAUCUAUGCCAACUUUAGCGUGCCUGUGGUCAAGAAUGCAGCACUGUUUUGGUGGAAUCUGCAUAGGAGUGGUGAAGGGGACGGAGACACACUGCAUGCUGGUUGUCCUGUCCUGGUGGGAGAUAAGUGGGUGGCCAACAAGUGGAUACAUGAGUAUGGACAGGAAUUCCGCAGACCAUGCAGCUCAAGCCCUGAAGACUAAAAUGUUGGCUGAGAGAAACUGGUGGAGUCCUGUGGCUUUCCAGAGAAGCCAGAAGCCGAAAACCUAAGCUUCUGGAAGAGGGCCUUGUAAGCAUUGCUUGUUCCUUGCAAAUGGGAGAUAGGGAAGUGGUCUGAAUCAGGGAGCACAUGAAAAUUUACAUGGUUUCUCCUCAAGCCAUCGCAGUCAGAAUGAAUGGACAGGCAAUAUAAAGAAGGCGGCAAGAAGCACAAAGGGAGAAGUUUCUAGGGUUCAGACUCUCUAUGUUGGAAACCCCAACAGUCCCUGGGGUUUGGUUAAUGACAUUUCUGCCAUUUUGAGUGCUGACAACAGGGGCCCAGAAGUGGCAGUGAGGACACCUGCAGGAAGAGGCUAGCCUGACUCCCAUGGCUUUUUGCCCUUCUCUCCACGGACUUCUGCUGAAGACUGAGCACGGACUGUCUCUGUAACUGGAGUGUACCUCAUAUGAUUUUUUAAAAAAGCAGAAUCAAAUUUUCUUCUUUUUUUAUAUGAUGAUUUUUUAAAUAAAGCCAUUAAAAGUGUUUAUCAAUCAUUUUUCACAACCAAGAAUAUUCUGACAUGAAAAUACCGAGUAAAAAAUAAAUGCAUAUGAUUAUGCUAUAA